AUGGAGUUUCUUGAAAGAACUUACCUGGUGAAUGAUAAAGGCACCAGGAUGUACGCCUUCACACUAGACAGUGUGGAACUCCAGCAGAAACCCGUGAAUAAAGAUCAGCGUCCUGGAGAGAAGCCAGAGGAGCUGGAGUCAGGAGGCAUCUACCACUGCCACAGUGACUCCAAGACCACGGACAACAGGGAGAAUGAGCAAGCCCAUGCCAAAUGGAAACUCUGUGCUGCGUCAGCAAUAUGCUUCAUUUUCAUGAUUGCAGAGGUCAUGGGUGGGCACAUCGCUGGGAGUCUUGCUGUUGUGACAGAUGCCGCCCACCUCUUAAUUGACCUGACCAGUUUCCUGCUCAGUCUCUUCUCCCUGUGGUUGUCAUCGAAGCCACCCUCCAAGCGGCUGACUUUUGGAUGGCACCGAGCAGAGAUCUUUGGUGCCCUGCUGUCGGUCCUGUGCAUCUGGGUGGUGACCGGCGUGCUGGUGUACCUGGCGUGUCAGCGCCUGCUGCAUCCCGACUACCAGAUCCAGGCAACCGUGAUGAUCGUCGUCUCGGCCUGUGCAGUGGCAGCCAACGUCGUACUAGCUAUGGUUUUACACCAGAGAUGCUUCGGCCACAAUCACAAGGAAGUGCAACCUAAUGCCAGUGUCAGAGCAGCUUUUGUACAUGCCCUUGGAGAUCUAUUUCAGAGUAUCAGUGUGCUAAUCAGUGCACUUAUUAUCUACUUUAAACCAGACUACAAAAUAGCCGACCCAAUCUGCACGUUUAUCUUUUCCAUCCUGGUUUUGGCCAGCACCAUCACUAUCUUAAAGGACUUCUCCAUCCUACUCAUGGAAGGUGUGCCAAAGGGCCUGGACUAUGAUGGUGUGAAAGAGCUCAUCCUUGCAGUCAACGGCGUGGUGUCUGUGCACAGCCUGCACGUCUGGUCUCUAACAAUGAACCAAGUAAUUCUCUCAGCUCAUGUUGCUACAGCAGCCAGCCAGGACGGCAACGUUGUUCGAAGAGAGAUUGCUAGAGCCCUCGGCAAAAGCUUUGCCGUGCACUCACUCACCAUUCAGAUGGAAUCUCCAGCUGACCAGGACCCUGACUGCCUUCUCUGUGAAGACCCCCGUGACUAGCUCAGUCACACUGUCAGCUUUCCAAGUGUGAUGUCACUCUCAAACUUGCUGCUAUGCAGUUUCUAGAUCAUAAGAAAAGAAGAACCAAAGGAAGAAAUUUAAGAAAUUC